AUGGGGAUUAAAGGGUUCGUCGAAGGCGGCGUGGCCUCCAUCGUCGCCGGCUGCUCCACCCACCCCCUCGACCUCAUCAAGGUCCGUAUGCAGCUCUACGGCGAGACCAACCCCGCCACCGCCACCGCCGCCCUCCGCCCGGCGGCGCUCGCCUUCCACCCUGGCGGCGCCGCCACCAGCUACCUUCCUCCUCCGCCACCGCCGCCGCCGCGGCUCGGGCCAGUCGGCGUGGGGAUGCAGAUCCUCAGGUCGGAGGGCGCCGCCGGGCUCUUCUCCGGCAUUUCCGCCACGAUGCUCCGGCAGACGCUCUACUCCACCACCCGCAUGGGCCUCUACGACGUGCUCAAGACCAAGUGGUCUCCUUCCUCAGGCGGGCCCCUCCCGCUCCCCCGGAAGAUUGUCGCCGGCCUCCUCGCCGGCGGCGUCGGCGCCGCCGUGGGCAACCCCGCCGACGUCGCCAUGGUCCGCAUGCAGGCCGACGGCCGCCUCCCGGCGGCGCAGCGGCGCAAUUACAGCAGCGUCGGCGACGCCAUCGCCCAGAUGGCUCGCCGGGAAGGCGUGGGCAGCCUGUGGCGUGGCUCCUCUCUCACCGUCGGCCGGGCGAUGAUCGUUACAGCCGCGCAGCUCGCCUCCUACGACCAGGCGAAGGAGGCGAUACUGGCGGCGGAAGUGAUCCCCGACGGGCUAGGGACGCACGUCGCCGCCAGCUUCGCGGCCGGGCUGGUGGCGGCGCUGGCGUCGAACCCGGUGGACGUGAUCAAGACGAGGGUGAUGAACAUGAAGGUGGAGGCGGGCGCGGCGCCGCCGUACGCCGGCGCGGUAGAUUGCGUGGUGAGGACGGUGAGGGCGGAGGGGCCGCUGGCGCUGUACAAGGGCUUCGUCGCCACCGCCUCCCGCCAGGGGCCCUUCACCGUCGUCCUCUUCGUCACCCUCGAGCAGGUCCGCAAGCUCCUCCCCAAAGAUUUCUAG